CUGUCAAUUUCCGUUGUGCGCAUUGCGCGCAUGGCACGGACUAUAGUAGCACCUCAUCUCUCGUCGUUUUUCAGUCCGCUGUAGUGAGAGCACAGCGAACGUACGUACGUAACGUCGUGCGCGCGCGCGCUCUCUCUUUCUCUCUUAUUGUCUGUCUCUUUCUCGCUCUCGCAGUUUUCGAUGCCUACCUACCUCUCCGCUGCAGUAUACUUUAGUGGCAGGUGGUGUGUAUAUGUGAAAGCGCGCGUUUCUCGCGGAUGAGCAUCAUAUCAAGUGUGAUCGACGUGAAGAAGGCGUUUUGUCGUCGUCGAGUCUCUCUUUUUCGUUGUUGUCGUCAUCCGGCGACAAACAGACAGGUCAGAUCAGCCGCUUGCUCUCUGUUGCCAAAAGAAACGCGCAGUGUGUGUCUGUGUAUGUGAGCGUACUACCAUCCUAUCGUGCGCGCCGAUUGAUUUCCGCGUGACGACCUCGUCGAGGGCGCACGUUCUCUCUCUCUGUCUCGCGAGCGCGAGUCGAGUCUCUCGCUCGCAGUGUCAAGCCGGAUAGCUCGCGGUCAAAGAUGCCGUUACUCAGAAAGAAACCCUUUCAAAGGUUACACGUCUCAUCGGACUUUCGCGACGACGACGAGGUAUUCCAUUGCGCCGUGACCAACGAAAUCUUCAAGGAUUACAAUGAGUUCUGCGAGAGAAUCAUUCUCUGCAACUCCAUGGUAUGGUCCUGCAGCAUUACUGGCAAGUCGGGUAUGACCUAUGAGGAAGCUUUACAAUGUGAGGAGCAUGCUAAGGAGAGUCUUAAAGAGUUUCCAAUGGAGCUAAGAAUCCCAAUACUUUAUCUAGCAAGUAAAACAUCCAGAACUUCAUUGGGAGAGAUGAUUGAGGAUGUAUAUCAAUAUGCCAGGGAAAGAUAUUUCAUUGGAGAAAUGGUUGAAGCUAGUUUUACAGAAGAUUCUUGGUGCGAGUGUCAUGUUCUUCAAGUUAUAGAGCCUACUGAACAACAAAUACAAGCUUACAAUGCAGAUAAUAGCAAAAGCCUACAUCAACAAGAUAGACAGUAUUAUCCACCAGCAAGAUUAUUUCGUUAUGAGGUUGAACAGCUUGACAGUGGUGAUUCAGAUGUCAGUCAAUUGAUGAUUGUCGAAGCAUCGCAAAUUCGCAGAAAAAAACAACAGUACAGCAGAGAACGAAAUAAAAUUUUCCUAAGGAUGCUGUGCGAACAAAGCACCACUGGAAUAUGGGUUGUGAAGGAAAGUAUUUUGCAGAAAUAUGGUAUCAAUAAAACACGUUUUGAUUCAUUGUUUGCUGGGCCUCUACCUGAUUUUACAUCAAAACCAAGGAAGGUUGUAAAACAGAAGCAAGAAUUUAUGGAUAAGUUCCUUGUUUCAGAUCCAACGAAGAUGAGAACUUUUGAUAAACCUGAUCCUCUUAAAAAGGUUAAUGAUUCUGGUGUUGUUAUGAAAAAGUAUAGAAAACCAAGAAUGAAUGGUAAAUUCAAAGAGGAAUUAAAAGCAAAAGCUUUAGAAGAGAAAGCAAAAAAGAAAGAAGAACGCGAAGAAAAGCGAGAACGUAAAAAAGAAGAAAAAUUAAAACAAGCAGCAUUGGCAGCUUACGUUAGGAUGUGGAAUAAACCACGAGAAGAUUUAGAGUGUGAAGAUCUAAAACCACUUCCAGAAGCCACUCCAUUCACUAGUGAUUUAUUAAAUGAUAAAUUCGGUGACUUUGCAAUGAUUUUGGAGUUUCUUGACUUUUUCUAUGAUGAAAUCGAAGUUAAAACUUAUUUUUCUAAUGGCGUUACAUUAGAUGUAUUGCAAAAAGCCAUGACAGACAAAGAAGUCACUGGGGCUUUUAACGAUCUUGUUCAACUGCUUCUCGCUAAUAUUUUUAAAUAUCAGGCUGAAGAGGAAGAUGAAAUUCACGCCGAUUCCACCGAAGAAGGUGGUGAAAAUGUUGAGAACCAGAGAAUCUCUUCUAUGGCAGAAGCGGUUAAAUUAGCAACAAUGGCAUCAACCUGGUGUCAAACUCAUCAAGGAUGUCAGUUAUCAGAGCUUGCAUUAGACUAUUACACAAUGAGUGAAAUUUUGAGGCAGCACCUUUUAAGCUCCGGCGGUCGUAUUAGUGAAGCAGCUUCUAAAUGGAGAUAUUCUCAAAGAGGUGGCUACACAAAUCAUGAUGAUCCAGCUUUGUUACUCAGAAUAGAGCAGCCUAAAAUUUUACGAGCUCUGAGUCAUCGCAAUAUAUGUGAAUUUGACAUAGAAGAACGAAUGACCGUUAUCAUAUGUUUGAUUAAUCAGUUAUUGACAUUCGCGUCUAUUCGUGAUAUCAUAGAUGAAAGGUAUGAAAAGCUGUUUCAUGCGAAAAAAGAAUUGAAAUCUUUUAUUAUUGCUGAACAAAAGAGAGAAAAAGAAGAAAAGGAAAAGUUAAAAGAGAAAGAGAAGGAAAAGGAAAAAGAAAAAGAGGGCAAAGUUGAAGAAGUUGAAGAACCAGAACUCAAGAAGAUCACAAGGAAUAAUUGCAAAGAGGAAAAGAGAAAAGAAGAGUAUGAAAUUAAAUUGAAGGAAUUACAACAAGCAUCAAAAGAUGACCAAAUGAUGGUUCUUUUGGGUUAUGACAGAGCACAUAGAAAAUAUUGGCGAUUAUUAUCUAUACCAGGUAUUUUUGUCGAAAAUUUUGAUCCUUGGCCAGGAACGUGUCUUCCAGAAGGUACGCCAUACAUGCCAGAAUUAACAGACAGUGAUACUUUAAACAAUUAUCUGAAAGGCAAGUUCGAGGAUGAAACCAGUGAUAAAGAGAAUACAUUCAAAAAAAUUAAACAAACGAAGCAAAAAAUUUUCACUGAAAAAAACGGCGUUAAAUCUCCUCGCAAAGACAUUAAAAAGGACAUGCGCAAGAGUUUAAUGGCUUGCACUGGCAACAAAGACUGCCCAGUUCAUGUAAAUAGAGUCGGCUCUAAAUGGAGCUUUUAUAGCACUGUAGAAGAAUUAGAUAACCUAAUAUCUUCACUAAGUGAGAGAGGAGUCCGAGAAUCGGAACUUAAGCAUAAUCUUAUUAAUGAAAGGGAAAGUAUAGUAGCAGCAAUAAACGAAUGCCCAAAAUAUAGAUUCAAUUCCGAACUCUUCAAUGAUCCGCCAAAAGAUACAUCCAAGUCGAAGAAAAAAGCCGACAGCAAUCAUACAACGUAUCCUCCUGAUAUGCCGAUCAGCGACAUAUUAGAGAUAAACCUACGCGAUUUCGUGUUAGAUUUAGAAGAUAAACUAAAAGUCGGUUGUUUGGGUUCGUUAAAAGUACGCGAUCGCGAGGCUUGGAGGAACGCAAUAAACAAUCGCAAGUACGACAAGCAAUGUGAUAAGUUAGUGUUUGGCUUGAACGAGACUCCAGUGGAUGCAGCUGGUAAUGGAAUAAUAGAUAAAAUCAAAAUCGAAACAAAGUCGAAUAGCAGAGCUGGAACACCUGACUCGGACAUAGCUAACUCGAAUACAAAAGUUUAUCGUGAUCCAGGCAAGUAUCUUGGCCCACCAGAGAGCAAUGAAUCGAGUCCAGAUUCAAUGCAACAAACCACAAUCAAACAGAUGGCAUGUGCUAUUUUGCAAGUGUCUCAUGCCGUCGAACCUAAGUACCUGAAAAAACCACUUGGUCUCGACGAAAAAGACAAAAAGACGUCGAAUGAAGAGGCUAGGGAUAGGUGGGAGCAAUCCCUCAUGGCAUCUACUAGCUGGUCCCAGCUCUUUGUACAUUUGAAUACCUUAGAAAAUAGUAUUGCUUGGAGUAGGAGUGCGUCCAAUGCACAGUGCAGAAUUUGCAGGAGGCGUAGAGAUGCUGAAAAUAUGUUACUUUGUGAUGGUUGCAAUAAAGGUCAUCAUUUGUAUUGCCUGAAACCAAAACUUAAUUACGUACCAGAAGGUGAUUGGUUCUGUCAAUCGUGUAAGCCACGAGAAACCAAGCCAAAAGAGAAAGCAAAGAAAAGGAGGAAAUUCGAGGACGAUGUAGAAGAAGAAGUCCUUACAAAAGAAACAAGGCAUGCUCGUGCAAAACGAGUGGCGGAAAGUGAAGACGAAGAAGAGGAGGCAGCAGAUGAAAAUGACAGUGAGCAUGAAAUAUCAAACAACCAAGUUUGUUCAGUAUGUGAUCACGAUGGUAAACUUGUAGAAUGCGAUAACUGUUCAAAGUGUUAUCACACCGACUGUCUUGAUCCUCCACUGGCAAGACCACCGCGAGGUCGUUGGACGUGUUAUUCUUGUAAAGCAAGGAAAAAUAAUUCGAGGCCAGCAUUGAGAAGUCGCGAAAGGGAUAGGGAGUCAGAGCGAAGCUGCGCAGCUAUGGCACGCUCCCGCAUCCACGGCUUUGCCAAGAGCCUACUUACAAAAGACUCGAAAGACUGGGACGACAGCAGUUUGUCCGAUGAAAUCGAACAUUCAAGAAAUACAAGGCGGUCAGCGAAAAGAGCAGCCGAAAUUGAAUACGAGGAAGAGCUAAGACACUCGAUAAAAGGUUCUAAACCAACACUUCUAGCACUACUGGGCGAAAUAAAACGUCAUCGAGAUUCUUGGCCUUUCAUGUCGCCCGUUCUCAAGGACGAGGUCCCUGAUUAUUACGAUUACAUUUCUCAACCGAUGGACUUUGGCACGAUUAAGAGCAAACUUGAAGACGGCAAAUAUGGCACCGUCCAGGAAUUUUUCAGCGAUUGUUUACUGAUUUUUGAUAAUUUUCAAACAUAUAAUACUGAGCACAGUGAAGUUUACAAUUACGUUUAUAGAGCCGGCAUGAGGCUACAGAAAUUCUUCGAGAAGCGGUGUAAAGAGCUGAACCUCAAUUACGAUGAAGACGCUAUUCGGCAGCCACAGGCUAAAAUGCAAAAGCUUCAGGAAAAUGGCCAAAAUGGUGUAGAGCACAGCGACGAUAACGAGGAUGAUUCAGAAGAUGACAGCUAGAAAAAAAUUCGGCUUCGAUUAUGAUAUAAUUUACAACGACUUGCCUUCCAUCGGAAUCAGAAUUAAAAAAUCAAUUCUUCUUUUCUUUUUAUUACAAACCGUACGUGUAUUUCAGUGAACUUUACAAGCAAAUCGCUAGUAGAAGAAAUAAAUAUGUGUUUGUGAAGACGAGACUCAUGGAGUCUCCGUUGUGCAGUAAAAUAAAAUAU